AUGACUAUGGCGGAAAAUACUCCGAAACCAUCAGAAAAUGACAAUAAACACGGUGGUGACAAGGCCGUAGAUAAGAGCCACGAUAAACAUGAAGGAGAAAAAUGGGAAUCUACGUCGGCAGAGAUGUCGACAUCGCCUUCUAAACCUGACGGAACGAACUCGAAGAAGCAUUUGUUGUCGACGUCGUCUCGUGAGGGAAUACAAGUAGCGUCAAAGAUUACUCCGACACGGUUGGCGAAUUUGUUGAUACGGAAGGGACCGCUUCCAAUUAGACAUAUAACGAGUCAAUUAUCGAUAGAGGUGCAUGGUUUUGAAAUGCUCUCUUUAUCGAAGCAGCGGAGGUUGAUUAUGGCUGCAAUGGAACAGGUGGACCCUGAAAAUAACGUUGUUUUUGAGAAAAUCGGGUGGGGUCAAUGGGCGGUACGGAAGGUGGACAGUGAUUAUAUUGUGACUGAGGGAACAGAGAAAUUAGAGGAAGAGGGAGAGAAGAAGCAGAUCAAUGUGCACGAGUUGCGAAACCAGACUGGUUUGAAGCUAGGGUGGUCGAAGAAGCAGCAAGAAGAUAAGAUGAGAAGAGAGUCGAUCACCAAUCGACAGGCAAAUUUGCACAACUUGAAGUUACCCAAUGAACAAAUGGGAGAUAUGUCGGCCGCAAUUGAGCUGGACUCGGAGAGUGAUUAUGCAUUAUCUGAAAUUGAUGACGAUGCGGAUAUAGAUGUGGACGACGAUAGUGACGACAACGAGGAUGAUGACGACGAGCUUUUCACGUUCGAUCAAGACGACGAUUCAAAAUACAAGACAUUCAAACAUACAAAGUCGCCCCCAAUUAAGUUUGCCAAUAGGGUGCCCUUGAAAUUCAGUCCACCUCCGGGUGGUGCGUCGCGUAGAAAGUCUUCGUCUUCCAACAACGCUUCUAUUUCGAAGCACACUCAAUCUUAUCCGCAUGGUCAUAGAAAUAUAUUCAAUAGAUCCAGAUUAAACUCGAUAGAAAAUUUUGACAAUUACAUUCUUUCGUCUGCAAAAAACUCGAAUGUUUCCAUCAACUCCCCUCCGCCACCGGUUACAACUACUAUUUCGAGUCUGCCACUCGCGUCGUGGAAUUCGAGCUACAUCCAAAAUAACGUUACCACUUCUCCAGAAGGCAUUGAUAGUAUUGCAACCGCGAUGACCGGUGGUAGAAAGUCGUCCUUCAACGAGUCGCAUCUUAGAUCUACGCUUUCAUCUUCGCUCCCAAGAAAUUCACCUCACACAAACUCACACUUCCAUUCCCAAUCGAAUUUACACCCUAGCAGUGCAGCUCAGUCCCCGCCUACAAAUUCAGGUUCUGGUAAGCCCGUAGCCAACCGACGCCAAAAACAAAAGGAAAAUAUAAGUGACACUGACGAAGAAGACUGGGCAACUAUUGGAGCUGAAUCUUUACGCAAAAGUCACCAAAAGAAAAAAAAUGAUCCGGAAUCAAUUGAAAAUGGCCACAAAUCUACAGACAAGGAUCAAGCUGAUGAAAGAGCUGCCGCUUUCGCAUUGGUUGAUCUAAUGUCUGUUUAA